CACGGCACCCCGCGGCUGGAGUUCCACCAGUCGGUUUUCGAUGAGCUGAGGGAGAAGCUGCUGGAGAGGGUCUCUGCCAUCGCCUUGGAAGGGAAAGUCGAGGAGAGAUACAAGAAGCUGGAAGAUCUCCUAGAGAAGAGCUUUUCCUUGGUCAAGAUGCCUUCCAUCCAGCCGGUGGUAAUGUGUGUCAUGAAGCACUUGCCCAAGGUCCCUGAAAAGAAGCUGAAGUUAGUGAUGGCUGAUAAGGACUUGUAUAAAGCAUGUGCAGUGGAGGUGAAGCGCCAGAUUUGGCAAGACAACCAGGCUCUGUUUGGUGACGAGGUAUCUCCACUGUUGAAGCAAUACAUCCUGGAGAAGGAGAACGUUCUCUUCAGCAGUGACAUUUCUGUCUUGCACAAUUUCUUCAGUCCAUCUCCCAAAACAAGGCGUCAAGGAGAGGUGGUUCAGAAGCUGACCCAGAUGAUUGGGAAGAACGUGAAGCUCUAUGACAUGGUGUUGCAGUUUCUGAGAACCCUGUUCCUCCGCACAAGGAAUAUUCAUUACUGCACACUACGGGCAGAGCUCCUCAUGUCACUGCAUGACCUGGAAAUCAGUGAAAUCUGCACUGUUGACCCCUGUCAUAAGUUCACCUGGUGCCUUGAUGCUUGCAUUCGGGAGAAGUUUGUGGACAACAAGAGAGCUCGGGAAUUGCAGGGGUUUCUGGAUGGGGUGAAGAAAGGACAAGAACAAGUGUUGGGGGACUUAUCAAUGAUCCUGUGUGAUCCCUUUGCCAUUAACACCUUAGCCUUGAGUACCAUAAGGCACCUGCAAGACCUAGUUGGGCAGGACACCUUACCCAGGGAAAGCCCAGAUAUGCUGCUGCUCCUCAGGAUGCUGUCUUUGGGACAGGGGGCCUGGGACAUGAUUGACAGUCAAGUCUUCAAGGAACCAAAAAUG